GUGUAGACCAUAACACGACCAUAUUUUAACAUUUAUUUAUGAAAAAUAUCUUUAUUGGUCUUAUGUAAUAUUCCUAUUUUCCGAGAUAGGAGAUAAUUUGUCUCUAGAAAUAUAUUACCGAAGAUUAAUUACAUUUUUGAUGUUACUUAACUUUUUUUAAAGAUCUCAAUAGUACUUUUUUUGUUGUUUUUGUUUUCUGUUUUUCUCCUGCUUACGUAGGGAUCUGAUAACAGCUGGUAUGGGGGAACGACAGACAGGCGCAGUUCGAGCAGCGGGGGAAAACAGACACCGCCCAGCUGUCUUCAGAUCACGGCUAUGCUGCAUGAGGACACCCAAGUUAUAAUUAAUCUGACAAAAGUCACAGAGCAGAGCGACGAUGAGCAUUAACAGCGUUUCGAAGAUGAGAAAAUUUAAGGCAAGGAUUUUCUUCAUUUUUGGAGUUCUUGGCCUGUUGAUUCUCCAGUUCUUAAGGUACUCUGAUCACAAAACGUCCCACCUCCAAAAGAACACAGCUGGGAAUAACAGGCAACAAAGGUCACCCAUCAAAAACAACUCGUACGUAUAUCCCUGGCAAAAAUGCCAGAAAAAUAUGAGUGCUGACAACAUCACAGGCUUCUCAAAUCUCCCUCAGAAUAUUAAAGACUUUCUCUACUUUCGGCACUGUCGACAUUACCCCAUGCUGCUGGACCUCCCUGAUAAAUGUGGAGGAGCUGAAAAAUCUGGAGAUGUCUUCCUUCUGCUUGUCAUCAAGAGCUCCCCGGCCAACUACGAACGCCGGGCGGUGCUACGUAACACCUGGGCUAAGGAGAGGUUACACAAUAGUGUGUGGAUUCGAAGGAUUUUUAUUUCCGGAGUGUCAGGUGCUGGUUAUGAGAAAGACAGAUUAAACCGUCUCCUUAAGCUGGAGCAAAAGGACCAUGGAGAUAUCCUCCAGUGGGACUUCAGUGACACAUUUUACAACCUCACUUUGAAGCAAAUACUCUUCCUGGAAUGGAUGGAGCGAAACUGUCCAAAUGCUCGCUUCCUCCUUAAUGGUGAUGAUGAUGUGUUUGCCCAAACAAACAACAUGGUUGUAUAUCUCCAAAGCCUCAAAGAAAAUAAUGGGAGCAGACAUCUCUUCACUGGUCAUCUGAUCCAGAAUGUGGGGCCCAUCAGAGACCCAGGAAGCAAAUAUUUUAUCCCAGUUCAGGUUGAGGAAUCAAACUCAUAUCCUCCAUACUGUGGCGGAGGGGGCUUCCUUCUGUCAGGGUAUACAGCAAUGCUUAUAUACCACAUGUCCAAAUCUAUACUGAUUCUUCCCAUCGACGAUGUUUACAUGGGGAUGUGUCUGGCCAAAGCUGGACUUGGCCCGUCCUCACACAUGGGUGUGAAGACAGCAGGCCUGCACAUUCCCUCCAAAAAAGUUGAUGAAUACAGUCCAUGCUACUAUAAAGACAUUUUACUGGUUCAUAGAUUCCUCCCGACUCAGAUAUACCUGAUGUGGCACAGUAUACACAGCCCAAAUCUAAAAUGUGGCCUCUCACAUACCUGACAGAACUGAACAAUAUCUAGUACACCAACACAAAUCAUCAUGCAAAUGAACUUUGAUUUGUAUUGACAGAUAUAUUACAUUGCCACUGACUAAUGCAUCUUUUCUAUCCACUUAUGUCAGGCGGACUUAAAACAUUGUUUUUCUUUGCCCCUAAAGAAUGUAAAUGUAAUACUUCAUUUGGAUACUGGACAAGAUUUUCAGGGGCUGCUUUACAGGUUCUAUACAGCUGGCUUGUUAGAUCCCGCUUGCUGAAAGAGCUCCGAGAGAUUCAGUCUGACAAUACAUUUUCAAACGAUAAAAUAUCAAAUGCUGAAAGGAAACUCAGUUGAAAUGUUUUUGCAGGCUACAAGGAUUGUUUGUUUUGCAGUAUAAGGGCCUGGGUCUUUAUUGGAAAAGUUCACCUUUUUUCUAGUUUAAACUCAAACCCCUGUUUCUUAAUCUUGUCUGUAACUAUGCAACCAGGGCAUCAGGUAUGAGGUUGCACUACACUGAGUUACAAGACUGCUGAGUGACUUAUAAUUAUAGCUUUUCCUUUUUUAUUGUAAGUUGACAGAAGUAGCUUGGCUUUUCAUUUACUUUUUCAUAAAUUCUUAAUCAUCUGCGACUUAAAGGAAUUUUACUGGAGUUAAACUCCAAAGAAAGCAUGGCUUUUUACUGGGUUAGUUUUUGCUCUCAUGUUGCAGCUCAUGGUAAUCUAUUUAUGAUGCAACAAUGUAUUGACUAAACCUCCCUGGUUGGAACUUUUCACCUACCGCUUUGUGAAUACAAUCAGCAAUGAUUAAACACAUUACAAAGAGCAAACAGCUUGACAAGUAGACGAAGGUGAGUGGGUGUUUACCUGUGUUUAAGAGGCUAAUGAUAAAAUAUUUGUUAUUGUUUGUGGACUGCAUACAUCCACAUAAGAUUUGGAUAUCCAUCAAGUUCUGGCUGUGUUCUACAGAUGCCACCAACCUGCUGCAUUCCCUGUACGUGUGGACCAAGAAGAUAGUCUUCAAAAUCUAUUGAUUUGGAAGCUGGAGUGCUCUGUUGCUACCAAGACAAGAUGUAGCAUGUUGAUAUUUUCAUACCAAUUAGCUUAAGUAUUAGGUUUAGGGUGUGGACUCUCCAGCAGCGAUGCUAUUUCUCAUUAGUUUCAUUUUCAAGUUCAUUCUAACAGAUUUCUUUAUCUUUUUAGCUGAAUUUUACCAGGUAUAUAUUACAUUUAAAGGUGGAAAAGGUUUGGGAAUCAUUUAUAACGGCCUAAAUAUUUUUAAGUCACUAAAACCUGGAAUUCUAGCAGCAGUGUGUAAACUCUGGUGAGGUACUAUACAUGUAGUCCACAAAAAACGUUGGUAAAUAGUGACCUUGGUGCAAUGUUUAAAGGCAAAUUGUGGGAUCUGUGGAUAUAUUUAAUGAAACAAUAUUUGCAUGGUACUGGAGUGAGAAUAUGUAUUUAUACAAGAGUAAUCAGUUUUCUGUUUGCCGUAUAAAGGUAAGGCUUUAAUAUAUAGUACUGUGCAAAACUUUUAAAUCAGACCUACAUUUUUUGUACUUUUGCCUGGAGCCACACUUUCCAGUUAUCCUUCUCGAUUCAAAUUUCUUCAAGCUUUCAAUUCUUUUUCACUUUUCACUUUGAAGCAGGUACAUCUCUGUACCUGCUUCAAAACAUGGGACGUUUUGGCCUGAAAUUUUACCAAGAUGAUCUGUACAAAAGAGAUUUAUAAUCCGUCAGCUGGUUGUCUACUGCAUACAAAGGUUUUAGCUCCUUGCUUUUUUGUAUCACCUUGUUGGUGCUAAAACAUCCCUUGCAAUUGGGAUGAUGUUGCUACUGGAAAAGUGGUGGGUUAAAAAUCUGUUUAUACACGUUCCUUUGAGCAUGUAAAUAUUCUUUGUACUUUACUGUUGCUUUUCUUUUGUUUUAUUUUCUGUUUUUUUCUGUUUUGUAAUUUGAUAAAUUCCCAUUCAAAAUUAAAGACCUGUUUUUUUUUUCUCAAUAGCGAUAAAUACUACUAUAGAAGGUUUUUAGAAAGUCUGACCGCUGGCUUAUAAUUGUUUACCCUUUGUGCCUGUUUCGCUGGUUGUGUCUGUAAUCAUUUCCUGGAUUUUGAAAUGAGUGUUGACUCAAUGUAUUUGCCAAUAGCGUUGCAAUAUGAAAGCCAGUUGAUGUUGGUCUAUGUUGCACAACCUUCCAAACAUUUUAGUCAAAGCGUUUUCUCUAGAUUCUGCAAAACAUUUUACUUUCUCUAAAACUAUUUGUUGAGGUGUUGCUUUCAACAUUUGUUGUUAGAAAUGGUUAGAGUGCUUGAACGAGACUGUCUACAUUUCUAAACUAUACACUCAUAUCUGUGAUUUGCUGUUUAUCAUUACCAACCAACGUGAAUUGUUUGCUCUGACAAGUUCAAUUUUAAUUUGAUGUAUAGUUUAUAGAAAUGGCCAAAUAUGCAAGGGUUUUGAAGCAGGUAUGAAGAAUUUCUGUAUUGUAUAUUUUUCACAAUUAAAAAUUUGAGAAAUAA